AUGGAAGAGAAAAAUCUUGUGAGCUCUUGAAUACAUGUAGUUCCUAAUAGAGAAAUAAAAAAGCAUUUUUACAAAUCGCUACUUUUAGAAUGAAUUAAUAGAAAAAUAGGUUUAGGAAAAGUUAAUAUUGAUAAGAUAGUUGAGAAGUUUACCACCAGCUUAGAUGAUAAAUUUGAGUUCCAAAAUCUUAUUCAAUCAAAGAUUCUUGAUCAGAUGGCCGAUAACACUAGUAAAGCAGAGGCAGAUUUUCAAAUCUUAUUAGGAGGAAUAGCGAUGCUAGCCUCAAUAGAGACAGGAGAUGCAAAUUAUACAUUGCAUUUGGAAACACCAAAUAAAUUUAGGAGGAAGGUUGAUGGGAUUUUCAUCCCUACUAAACAUAAAAAGACUAGUAUUAUCAUUCAUGAGUAUAAGAAGCUUGAUACAGCUGAUAUUAGUCAUGUCAAGGAAAAAGCGGAGAAUGUACUUUGGCUGAUCUGUGUAAAGCAAUGCAUGAAGAUUGCUUUUGAUUUGCAUAAUAAUGAUAAGCAUUAUAGAUAUUUUGACAAAAUGAUACUCCGUGGUAUUGUUUUCUACAAAGUUCAAUUUGGUGGUAAAUGAAAAAUGCUGAUUAAAGAGCACGCGUUCGACUAUAAUAUUGCUUUAAGAAUAAAUAGUUUUUUUACUUCAGAUGAGGGAGGAAUAUUGGCUGGUUCAGUCAGAUUUGGUGGAGAAAGUGGAUCUCAUGGUGAAAUACUUGACUAA